CUUAGCUGGUGCGGCCGCCCUGGUACCUACACACGCGUGUAUCUCCAGUACUUGUGCGCAGUUUUUCGCGAGGCCGUCCAACUUCGAAAACCGGACAGGCCGCGAUUCCCUUUACAUGGAAAAGAGUGCCACUAGUGAGGUCUCCAUCACGAAGGUCCCCGUCAAGAAGGAGAAUCUCAAUGACGACAUUAAGGAAUUCGCAGAAACAGCCAUGAACGAGCUACUGGGAUGGUACGGCUACGAAAACACCAGAGAUGAUCUUAAAGGUAUUAGGAGCUGCAGAUCACAUUCUGGAAGCAACAGUUCAGGACAGGGAUCUCCCAAAUUCACAGAAGGAUGUGGAUGGUGUGGAAAAUCCGUCGAUGAAAACACCGGCUUGACAUCGGGUUCUGCCACAUUUUGUUCCGAAAUGUGUUUCUCUCAAUCCAGAAGAGCAACGUUUAAGAAGAAUAAAACUUGUGAUUGGUGCAGACACGUGAGGCAUACGGUGUCCUACGUCGACUUUCAGGACGGCGCGUCUCAGCUCCAGUUCUGCUCCGACAAAUGUCUGAAUCAGUACAAAAUGCACAUCUUCUGCCGAGAGACCAGGGCCCACCUGGAGCUGCACCCCCACAUGCACGCAGAAGAAUCCGCAAGCGUCACCCUGAUAACCCCCGACUUGUGGAUGAAAAACUGCAAAUCUCCCGAACUACGAACACCCUCGCCCGCCAUAUCGCCGAAACCCCCAGAGAAACCACCCCAGACCUCGCCCCUGCCACUCAUCUCCGUCACGCACCCCUCCAAGCUGAUGUCCCUCUCCGAGUCACCGGAGAGCAAGAGGCAUCGGUUGAAAGUCCAGAAAAAGACGAGGAAACGGUUACCCUCCACCAUCACCUGUAACAGCUUCCCCAAAGCGCCCCCGAACGACGCGCCUCAAGACCUUAGAGUGAGGCACACCCCCACGGAUUUCGAGAAGAGGAUUAGCGUUGAAGAACCACCGAAAACUCUUCCUAAGGAAAAGUGCCUGGAACCCCAGUUCAGGCCAAACGAAAGACUACCAAAUCCACAGUAUUUCAGUCCCAAUCAACAACCUCCACCAACCCUCCACCCUUUGCGAAAACAACUGGAUGCCAUUCUUCCUCCACCUACCAUCAUCGUUCCGUAUCCCAUCAUCUUACCGCUGCCCAUACCCAUACCAAUUCCCAUUCCAAUUCCGAACCUGCUGAAGAAGGAAAACGCGGUUAAGGAGAUUGAGAGGAAAGACAUGGGUGUACAGACUGACGAGUCCCGAGAGGAAGUGGGGAAGGAUUCUAUAAGCAAUGAAGUCGUAGACGUGGUGGGUUUUGAUGGGAAGGAGGAAGAAGAGGAAGAGGGGAUGAAGAAAGUAGGCAGGCCGUUGAGGAAGAGGAAGAGGUGCGAGCCCAAAGCAAGGGUUAUAAUCAAGACGAGGAAGGUCAUAUCAGCUUCUUCAAACUGAGGACUGGUUGCAGGACCUUCUAUAGAAAUUUGUCACUAU